ACCAUCAGAAAAGUUCGGUAAUCUAAAACUGGAAAUAGAAAUUCGAGAAUAUUUGAGACUAGUGAUGGGACCCAAAGCAAAUAAUGGCAUUGCCGCAUAUUGGACUUGGAUUAGCGUUAGAACAUUUGACAAAAUCCCAAAUGUCUACCCAAAUAAUAAUUUAAUAAUUCGGAAUGAGAUUGCACUUCAAUCUAUUGAAUGCAAUGACAUAUAUAUUCUGACUGACUUAGAAUUUUCUGCAUGCUAA